AUGAUAGUUGAUACUGACGUCCUUAUCAUCGGCGCUGGGUUGUCUGGGGUAGGCUUUGCAAUCCAACUCCAGAAGAAAUACCCGCGCAUAACAUUCGAAAUCUAUGAAAAGGCCGAAGGGUUCGGCGGGACUUGGUGGGCCAAUACAUAUCCUGGAUGCGCUUGUGAUGUACCAUCCCAUCUCUAUUCCUAUUCCUUCGCCCUAAAUCCCGACUGGAGCGAGCAGUUUGCGUCUCAAGCAGAAAUAGCCGCAUACUGCCGCGCCGUCGCAGAGAUGCACGAUAUCCCCCGACACGUAACACUCCGCUCGACGGUUCAGUCAGCAACAUUCGACGAAUACUUAGGAACGUGGGCCGUGAAGAUCCUUGAUCAGCAGACAGGACGGAUAUAUGAGCGGCAUUCGAGGGUGCUUAUUACGGCUGUUGGGAUGCUUUCAGAACCCAAGGACUGUGACAUCCCUGGUGCAGAGGAGUACAAUGGCAGGCUCUUCCAUAGUGCUUGCUGGGACCAUGAGUUUGAGUGGGCUGGAAAGGAGGUGGUUGUUGUUGGCAACGGCUGCAGCGCAACACAAUUUGUACCCAUCUUGACUAACACCCCAGGGAGCGCCAAACAAGUCACCCAGUUCAUCCGGCAGCCUCACUGGCUCGAGCCACGCCCAAACCCUGAAUAUCCAUCUGCCAUCAAAUGGAUCUUCCGCCACGUGCCCCUCGUGAUGCGCUGUUUCCGAUAUGCGAUAUUUCUCUACCUCGAGAGCUACUUCAGCACAUUCAAGCGCGUCUCUGGCAAAAGGACACGGGAGGCAAGGAUGAAGUCUCAGGCGGCUUACCUGAAAAAAAUGGCACCUAAGAAGUAUCACGAAAUCCUGACGCCAAGGAUAGAACUGGGGUGUAAGAGGAGAGUUAUGGAUACAGAUUACCUUGCUUGUUUGCACAGAGAGAACAUGGAGCUCAUCCAUGAUGAUCCGAUUGAGAGGAUCACUGUUGACGGCGUGAGAACAAAGUCAGGGCGGAAGAUCUAUGCUGAUGCAAUCAUCCUCGCAACGGGAUUUAAGACUGCGCAGCCACUUUUUCCUCUUGGAGAUAACAUCCGUGGUGAAGGGGGCGUUACUCUGAGUGAGCACUGGGAAAGUACCGCCUCCCAUGCCCCGCAAGCAUACUACGGUACAUGCGUCUCGCGGUUCCCGAACAUGUUUAUCCUUGUCGGCCCUAAUACGGCGACGGGACAUACCUCUGUACUCUUUACAGUGGAAUGCCAGAUUGAUUUCACGCUGAAGGUUCUUGAUCCUAUUCUCAAUUCUCUCUAUCCCGAGUCAUCAUCGUCAUCCUCCUCUGUCUUGCAGGAGAUGAUCUGUUUCCUCCGGAAACCUUUCUCCUCUGGACCUCGGGCGGGAAAGAAGCUCGCACUACCACCAGAUAUAGUCUCCGUAACGUCCCAAGCAGAGGAAAAAGAAAGCCAAUGGAUCGACGAGGCAAUUUUGAAGGAAUUAUGGAAGGUCUUCGCAGCAGAGCCGUAG